AUGACAGGGUUUAUGGCUGCCUUUUCAGUCAAUAAUACUACAGUUACCAACUCCAUCAUCAUGAACACCAACGGACCCCCUGAUCUCAUGCUGGACCCCAGGACUGUGUGUGUGUCCGUUGACAAUGUGGUGCCCAACCACAAUGUGAGCCAGCAGACCGCCUUGCUACAUGCACACCUGAAAAAAGUGGAAGACAAUCUAACUGAGGCACAGCGCUUCUCGUACCUGCCCCAAAGACCAGCAGUCAAUAUCGAAUUCAGAGACCUUUCAUACUCUGUUCCUGAGGGACCGUGGUGGAGAAAGAAAGGUAACAAGACCUUACUGAAAGGCAUUUCUGGAAGCUUCACCAGUGGUGGUUUGGUGGCCAUUAUGGGGCCCUCAGGAGCCGGAAAGUCUACACUUAUGAACAUCCUGGCAGGCUAUAGGGAAACAGGGAUGAAAGGACAUAUCUUAAUAAAUGGACGACCUCGAGAUCUGCGCUACUUUAGGAAAGUGUCUUGCUAUAUUAUGCAGGAUGACAUGCUUCUUCCACACAUGACAGUUCAGGAGGCCAUGAUGGUGUCGGCUAAUCUAAAACUUCAGGAAAAGGAGGAGGGCAGGAGAGAGAUGGUAAGGGAAAUCUUGACUGCGCUCGGCUUGUUGGAGUGUGCUAAAACCCGGACUUCUAACCUCUCUGGUGGACAGCGGAAACGCUUGGCAAUUGCCUUGGAACUUGUCAACAACCCACCGGUCAUGUUUUUUGAUGAGCCCACAAGUGGAUUGGACAGCUCCUCCUGUUUUCAGGUGGUCUCACUCAUGAAAGCUCUAGCUCAGGGCGGCCGAACCGUCAUUUGCACCAUCCACCAGCCCAGUGCCAGAGUCUUUGAGCUCUUUGACAAACUCUAUGUCCUGAGCCAAGGCCAGUGCAUCUAUCAAGGAAAAGUAUCCAACCUCAUUCCUUAUCUUAGAGAUCAUGGACUUUACUGCCCUACAUAUCACAACCCUGCUGACUUCAUAAUGGAAGUGGCUUCUGGAGAGUAUGGAGACCACAUGUGUCGGUUGGUAAAAGCUGUUCAUGAGAGAAAAUGCGAGAAGGAUUACAAAAGCGAGAUGAAUGUAGACGAACGCUUAAACCCAUUUAUGUGGCAUAAACCCUCUGAUGAGGACUCCUCUUCCACUGAGAGCUGUCACAGCUUUUCUGCCAGCUGUCAGAUGCAGUUUUGCAUCCUCUUUAAGAGAACGUUCCUCAGUAUCAUGAGGGAUACGGUGCUGACACACCUCCGGAUCACCUCUCAUAUUGGAAUCGGGAUUCUGAUUGGGCUUCUGUAUCUGGGCAUCGGCAAUGAGGCCAAGAAGGUGCUCAGUAACUCUGGUUUCCUGUUCUUCUCCAUGCUCUUUCUUAUGUUUGCUGCCCUAAUGCCCACUGUUCUAACUUUUCCUCUUGAGAUGGGUGUGUUUUUACGAGAGCAUUUGAAUUACUGGUACAGUCUAAAGGCGUACUACCUAGCAAAGACUAUGGCAGAUGUCCCAUUCCAGAUCAUCUUUCCAGUGGCAUACUGCAGCAUUGUGUACUGGAUGACAUCUCAACCAUCAGAUGCAGUUCGGUUCAUCCUCUUCCUGGCUUUGGGUACACUUACAUCACUGGUGGCUCAGUCUCUGGGACUGUUGAUUGGCGCAGCAUCCACAUCCUUGCAGGUGGCCACAUUUGUAGGUCCAGUAACUGCCAUCCCUGUGCUGCUGUUUUCAGGCUUUUUUGUUAGUUUUGACACUAUCCCAAAAUACCUUCAGUGGAUUUCAUAUGUUUCCUAUGUCCGGUAUGGUUUUGAAGGAGUGAUCCUGUCCAUCUAUGGGCUGGACCGUGAGGACCUACACUGCGACAAAGAUGACACAUGUCACUUUCAAAAAUCUGAUGCCAUCCUGAAAGAGCUGGCUAUUGACAAUGGCAAGCUGUAUCUGGAUUUUAUUGUACUUGGCAUCUUCUUUUUCUCCCUGCGACUUAUUGCCUACUUUGUCCUCCGAUACAAAAUCAGUGCUGAGAGGUAA